AAUUAGUAUUAAUUAUAACUCGCACUCGGAAAACCCUAACAGCACACUUACUUUAGCACACUAUCGACUCUACCUAAAUCUUACCUUUCUUCCUUUCUUCCUACUUUUGCUCCAUACAUACUGAUACAUACUGGAGGUACCUGUCAUAUCUCAUUGUAUCCAAUAUGGAUUUUGUUAGCGAUGGUCUCGCUUCUGUUCCACAGAGUGUGCUGUUAACCUUUGCGGGACUGGGAGCUCUCUUUACAACAUUCAAAGCGUUAAGCUUUCUCCGUUUACUCUCAAGCACAUUCAUCCUUAGUGGGACCAACCUUAAGAAAUAUGGAAAGAAAGGUACCUGGGCUGUUGUAACGGGCGCAUCUGAUGGCUUAGGAAAAGAAUUUGCUACUCAACUCGCUGCCAAGGGCUUCAACCUCGUCCUAGUGUCCCGUACCUUAUCCAAGUUAGAAGCACUAUCGCAAGAGCUAGAAACAAAAUAUGCGGGACUACAGACGAAGGUACUCGGCAUGGACUUCUCCGCCGACGACGAGGCCGACUAUGCUCGUCUCGCCAACCUGAUCACCGCUCUCGACAUAGGCAUUCUGAUCAACAAUGUCGGCCAGAGUCACCACACCGCUGUUCCUUUCCUACUCACCGAGCCGAAGGAGCUUCAAGAUAUUGUCACCAUCAACUGCCUAGGCACUCUCAAGGUCACACAGCUUGUCGCUCCGGGAAUGCAGGCCCGUAAACGUGGUUUGAUUCUUACGAUGGGUAGCUUCGGCGGAUGGAUCCCGACCCCUUAUUUGGCCACCUACUCGGGUAGCAAGGCAUUCCUGCAGUAUUGGUCUUCUGCUCUUGCGGCGGAGCUUAAGCCGAGCAACGUCGACGUCCAACUCUGUCUCAGCUACCUUGUCACGACAGCAAUGAGCAAGGUACGACGGGCUAGCGCACUUAUCCCUAGCCAAAAACAAUUUGUGCGGGCUGCUCUAGGCAAGGUGGGACUAGGAGGCUGGCAAAGCGUGGCAUAUACUUAUACACCGCAUUGGAGUCAUGCGCUGAUGGCCUGGGUUAUUGAGAAUACCCUUGGGGUUGGUCACUGGCUUUGCAUCUGGGUAAAUUUGAAGAUGGAAAUGGAUAUCCGGGACCGUUAUCUGAAGAAAGCAGCCCGGAACGCUAAGAAGGAAUGAUCAAGUCCGAGGCAAAGCUCUCCAGGAACUGAAAAGGAACAGUCGUAGGCUUGGUGUAGGGAUAACUAGGUACCUAAUGGAAAGAGUUGCUGUUGGAGCUGCCUGUGUUUAUAGAGGUAAAGAGAUGACUGGCAUCGUACUUUAAGUAUCUAAUUUAUAUUUGACUUGAUAUUCACUUGA